AUGGCCUGCGAAAUCAAGAUUAAAACAAGGAAACGCCUUUGUUUAAUAGAGUCGGGUACGAAGAAUGAGGAUACCUUACCCAACAAUAUGAUACGGAUUUUGGCCGACAAUAUUCUAGCAGCUUCCUUAAGACUUCGUGAUAGAUUGAAACAGAAAAGAGAGAAAAAGAAGUUGAGAGCCUCCACUAUUCGAGUGACUAUUCCCACGACGGAGACAACUACAAUGACGCAGAGUGUUCAUGGUAACGAUUAUCGUUACUUUUUCUUAAAUAUAAGUAAAGAAUGUGAAGGUUCCGCGAUUGAAACUAUAGCUUGCGAAUUACCUCAUCUUUGCCCCAAAGACGGACAAUGGGGUCAAUGGGGAUGCCUGUGUUAUAAAAAGGCAGAUACUUUAACUAAAUCAACUCUUCCCGAACAAACAACAGUUUAUAAUAAGGAUUCCAAACAUAAAAAUAUGGAAUGUUUGGCUAAAAGAUAUUGCGAUAGUCCGUUCCCUCAAAAUGGAGGGAAAAAGUGUGAAGGAAACGAUACAUUAUUCGAUAAUGUAACUUUGGUCUGCAGUUUUACAUCUUCGACUAUCAUCUCUGUUACUUUAAACCCCAUUUUGCGGACUAAAUUGUUAGGGAUGCUUCAAAGAAUGAAUAAUAACUACGCUUCAGUUAAAGAGGGUCAAGAAGUUUUGUUAUCAUGUUUGCCAACUAUCUUGAUGAAUGACGUGCUACCGUUACAUCCAAAGACUAGAUUUACGUGGCUAUUUAACGGGAAAGAUCUCAUAUACGACUUUUCACGUAUGUAUAUGGAUAAGGAAAAUUUAACUCUUCAAAAUGUGCGCAACAGUGAUAGCGGUGUCUAUAAUUGCUAUUUGGUUUAUGACUCACAUCGCAAAAUCUUAGCUAGUUUUUACACUUUAACAGUUUCAUCGAAAACGCCUGAUAUUUACAUCAAAUCCUCUAGAAACGGUUUUUUAGAACUUCCCUGUUUUGGCGGUUAUAUUGAAAACGUUGUGAAAGAAAUCUAUCACAAAUCUAAGCAUGCCGGCGGCGGUGAAAAACCGAAAUUCAAUCAAAUAUGGAAAUUGAAUGACACCGUGUUCAAGGAUUACAUGCUAGAAAAAUUACCGUCUCAAGUGCCUUACAUAAAAAUAAAAAAUAUAGAUUCAAUAGCUCACUCUGGAACUUGGUGUUGUGAGAUAAUAGAAGUGAAUACUAUGCACGCCUGGGAAACGAACAGACUCCUUAUAAAAAUACUCGAACCAGAUACAUGGUCUCAAGUAUUGGUUAAGGGAAAUAACCUCAUAUAUCUAUCGUUGGUUAGCAUACUACUUUUGAUCAUCAUAAUUUGGGCCAUAGCAUUUUUAGCCAGACAAAAGGCAAAAAAGAUACCUGUAGAAGCUAUAUUUGCAGCUAAUAAAGUCAACAAAGUGGAAUGACAGCUUAAAAAUAUUUAAUAUGUUCCUAAUAAUUUUAUUCAAA